AUGGGGCUCGCCGGCUUCUUGCUCGCAAUCCUGGUCGGUCUGGUGGCGGGCCAAGAGGGCCUCUCCAACGGAAAGGCAAAGAACGGCCUCAUUGGAUAUGGAAUUCGACUGUACGAGCCAGCAUGUGCUCACGCAUGCUGGGACACGAUCGCUUACAUGACCAACUGCACUACCGACAUGUCGAUAUCGCGAUUUCUCAACCCCAACGUCGCUGGACCGCUAAGAAACAGCAGCAAGGAGGAUGAGGUCGAACAGGCAACCUACUGCAAUGCGCAAUACGAACCAUAUCUGCAGACGCUGGCAUGGUGCAUACACCAAGAAUGUCAAGACGAAUCCGAGCUCGAUCUGGAGCGCUUUUGGUGGAACGAAGGUCCUGGAAAGGACAAUAGCUCAAUUGAGACAUAUUCGCAAUUAUGGGCGCGGGUAAAGGACACUCAGAUGCGUCCGAUAGAUGAACACUCGACUCUCAACUACACCGCGACGGUGCCUCAUGACCAGUGGAAGCCCAGCUACGACAACAUUGUUACUCUGGUGAGAAUAGAGAUUACGCACGAACGAUAUGCCUUGAUUCUGUUUCUUUCCUGCGCCUUGAUACCUAUUGGCUUAUCACUGCUUCGUUUCCUUCCGUGGCCAGCGGCAUUCGUCUCUCGCUUCCACGCGCACGUCAUCGACCCUCCAUUAAUCGGCUACCGGCAAAACGAACUUAUCGGCCAAGUCUUCAUGAUGCCCACCCGAGGACAGGCGCUCUUCAUCACAUACAUCUGGCUCAUCAACAUCAUUCUCUCGGGGACGGGGUAUUGGUUCCUCCCGGGCAGCUACUGGUUCAAGAACGACACGCACCAGACGCUGACUCAUGUCGCCAACCGUUUCGGCAUGCUGUCAUUUGCCAACAUCCCGCUGCUCAUCCUCUUUGCGGGCCGCAACAACGUCCUUCUGUGGCUCACCAACUGGCCGCGCACCACAUUCUUGAUGAUGCAUCGGUGGAUCGCUGUCAUCUGCAUGCUCGAAGCCGUGGCGCACACAUUCAUGUUCUUUUACGCCUACUCGGUCAGCUGGUACGCCAUGACCAUGAGCGUGCUCGUCACCCAAGGCUACUGGCUCUGGGGCGCUGCGGGCACUAUCGGUCUGUUGGUUCUCGUCGUCACUGCGGUCCAGCCGCUGCGUCGGCGAGCCUACGAAAUUUUCGUCUUUAUCCACAUUGUUGUUUCCAUCAUUGUCCUGGCGGGAUGCUACCAGCAUGUCGUCUUGCGCUAUGGCCGCCAGCGUGGAUUCGAGACGUGGGUGUACGUGGCCCUUGCCAUCUGGGGUUUCGACAGAGCCCUCCGUCUCGUGCGCGCCCUUAGAAGAGGCGUCAAGAAGGCGUACAUCAGCCCCGUCGACGCCGACUACAUGCGCGUCGACAUUCCUGGCGUCAGCGCGCGUGGCCACGUCUACCUGCACUUUCCCACCAUCAGCAAGUGGCGGAUCUGGGAGAGCCACCCAUUCUCCGUUGCGGGAAGCAGCUGCCACAAUACCAAUAAGCAUGGGUACACGUUGGACCUGGACAAGGCUGACGCGACGCCGAUUGGCUAUGCGGUAUCGACGCCGACGCACAUGGCUGCGUCGUGGGACAAGCACAUGGUUGCGUCGUGGGACAGCCCGCCCGUGGUGCAGCGCAAGGCGGGCGUGACGCUGUUUAUAAAGAAGCAAAAGGGACUCACAGCGCAGCUCGGGGCUCUCAACACGGGCGACGUCGGCAUACCGGUCAUGAUGGAAGGGUCGUAUAAUGAGGAGGUGACCUUUAUGCAGGAGAACCAUCUUGAGCCGACGCCCGACUACCAGAACAUCAUCUGCUUCGCGGGCGGUGUCGGAAUCACGGGUGUCCUGCCGUUCCUCGACAAAUUCGGCGGCCUGACCAGCCACGGCUCCAAGAGGCUGUUUUGGACGGUGCGCAGCAUGCCGCUGGUGUACGCCGUCGAAGACAUGCUCGGCGCGUACGCCGGCGCCCAGGGCUCGGAGCGGCGCUGGGGCGACAUUGAUGUCAGCAUCUCGUUUGGGCGGUUCAGCAUCCGCAGCGCGCUGCAGGAGCACCUGGAUUCCGUGUCUGGAGGCUCCAUCGUGGUGGUGUGCGGCCCGGCGAACAUGGCGGACCAGGUGCGGAUGCUUGUGACGACCAUGGCAGCAAAUCCUGAGCGCAAAAAGACACCGCUCAAGCUUGUUGUGGAGAGCUUUGCUUGGUAA